UUUCAUUCAGAAUCUUCAUUACAAGUGUCUGUUACAUUAACCAUCAUCACUGAAACUUUGUUCCUCUUAGGAGUGCUGGAAAACUUGCAUGCUGCAGCUUACAAGAAUGCUCUGGCAAACCCCUUGUACUGUCCAGAUUACAGAGUUGGAAAAAUUACUUCUGAGCAGCUUCACCAUUUUGUACAGAACAAUUUCACAAGUGGGAGAAUGGCUCUCGUUGGAAUAGGUGUGAAGCACUCUGACUUAAAGAAAGUGGCAGAGCAAUUCCUAAAUAUCCGAAGUGGAGCUGGUGCUUCUGGUGCAAAGGCUGUUUAUCGAGGGGGAGAAAUCAGAAAACAGAAUGGUGAUAGCCUUGUCCAUGCUGCUAUUGUAGCAGAAGGAGCUGCUGUUGGGAGUGCAGAAGCAAAUGCCUUCAGUGUUCUUCAGUAUGUUUUAGGAGCUGGGCCCCUUGUCAAGAGGGGAAGCUGUGUUACCAGCAAAUUGUCCCAGGCUGUUGCUAAAGCAACUAGCCAGCCAUUUGAUGCUUCCGCAUUUAAUGUUAAUUACUCUGAUUCUGGGCUCUUUGGGAUUUAUACCAUAUCCCAGGCUGCAAAUACUGGGGAGGUCAUUAAAGCUGCUUUGAACCAGGUAAAGGCAGUUGCUCAGGGCGGUGUCACCGAUGCCGAGGUCACAACGGCAAAGAAUCAGCUGAAAGCCAACUAUUUGAUGUCAGUGGAGACAGCACAAGGGUUGCUGAAUGAAAUUGGCUCCGAGUCGCUGGUUUCUGGCACACACACGUCACCAUCUGUUGUUGCUCAGAAAAUCGACUCUGUAGCCACUGCUGAUGUUGUGAAUGCUGCAAAGAAGUUCGUCAGUGGGAAGAAAUCAAUGGCAGCUACUGGGGACUUGGGAAAUACUCCUUUCCUUGAUGAGUUGUAAAAACAAAACUGGGAUAAAGAUUCAAGAUGGACCUGAGCUCUAAGUCACCCAUGUUCUACAUAAAUUACCACUAACUUGUUAUUUAUGAAUUCAGUUCUUUCAGAAGAAUAAUCUGGAGUAAUUGUGGGCUUGCACUCAUCAAAUAAAGUGCUGAGUUCAUA